CCUGAGUAACCAAGGUUAAGAACCACUGGCUUAACCGGUCCUGGUGCCUUUAAUUCAUGUAAAUUAUCUAGGCGUUAUCUAAGUGUUCCCCUUUCCCUGCCUUGGGCAAGAGCUUUUUUCAUUUUACUUGUGCAAAGUUUCAAGAGAACACAGAAGCAAUAGGUGCUGAGCAGUUCCACCUUCUCUCUGUAACCUAUGAAAAUUUCCCAUCCUCUCCAUGCAGCAGAACCACCACUUUUGAGAGUGUGAGAGGUAUUCAGUGCAUUGCCUUAAGUGUCAUGCAUGGGACUAUUUCCUUAUAAAAUCACUGCGCUGUGAUUUGACUCACCUUCCUGUUUUGAAGGUUGAAGAGCAGCGGCAGUGUGAGAGUUAUUCAGUGCAUUGCCCUAAGUGUUAUGCAUGGGACUAUUUCCUUAUAAAUUCGCUGUACUAUGUGUCUAGUGCAAUAAAGACAAGGCUGGGUGUAGAAGGGAAAUUUAUUUACUUGGGGCUGAGGUGUCUGACCAGAAGAAGCUGGGAGAAGCAGAGAGCUGAGUGGAUGAAGCACUUUGGAAUAUAGAAGCAAAUAGGCCACCAGGGCUUGCUCAUGAGAUUUCGCUCCAUGAAGCUUCUCUGGCACUGCUCAAGGUACUACCUAGUACCCAAAGCUAGUCACAUGAUUUGGACAUCUAAGAGGUACUGUCAAAGGCUGGCUAACAUGGUUCAUCUCAGCGUCACCCCUAAAACCUCACUAGCUGAUUCACCCCUGUGGAUUUGUGCCUCUGGUCUGGCUCCCUCCCAGCCUGUGACCCUAUUUGCAUCACUGACAGAUGAAAAGGGAGUGAAGUUUGAAGCCAGAGCCUUCUACCGGGCAAACAGUGCUGGAGAAGUGGAUGUGAAGCAGGCACCCGCUCUGGGCGGACACUAUCAAGGUGUGUGGCCCAUGGGCCUAUUCUGUUCCCUGAAGCCAGAGAAAAUGUUCUUCAGAUUGCUAAAACGUGAUGUGGUAGGCAGCCCUUUUGACAUCCAGGUCAGCAUCUUCAACUCUUUUGUGUUGCUGGACUCACCCACUGAGGCACCACUUGCAACUUGUACUGUGGAAAGAUGGUUUGUGGCUCCCGGAGUGGAACGUUUCCAGAUCAGAAAAGGCAGAGUUCGGGGGGCCCUUUAUGUGCCUCCAGGGCCUGGGCCAUUUCCAGGCGUGAUUGACUUGUUUGGUGGAGUUGGUGGUCUCAUUGAGUUCCGAGCCGGCCUUCUGGCUAGUAAAGGCUUUGCUGUGCUGGCCUUGGCUUACUUUGGAUAUGAUGACCUGCCACAGAGCAUAACAGAAUUGGACCUGGAGUAUUUUGCGGAAGCAUCAACCAUGCUCUUAGAACACCCUAAGGUAAGAGGCCCAGGACUUGGAGUCAUUGGAGUGUCCAAAGGAGGAGAAAUCGCACUAGCCAUGGCCACCUUCUUAGAGCAAAUAGUGGCUACUGUGUGCAUCAAUGGGCCCACAAGAUUGCAUGGCACACCACUCCGCUUUCAUGAUGUCUAUAUGCCUGCUGCCCCCUAUUGUCCAGAGAAGUUUCUAGUCACUGAAAUGGGAAUCCUGUCCAACACCUAUGGUGCGCAAGAUCCUGAGGAUGAAUCCUGCGUCAUCCCUUUGGAAAAGGCCCAAGGGCACAUACUCUUUGUAGUGGGAGAAGCUGAUGCUAGCUUGAACAGCAAGCUGCAUGCUGAGUUGGCCAUCGCUAGAGCCAGGAAAUAUGGGAAAAAUAACUGCAUUUUGCUAUCUUAUCCAGGCGCUGGGCACCUAAUAGAAUCUCCUGGCUCCCCACUUUGCUUUAGCUCCUUCAUGCGGAAUUGUUUUAGACCUGUACAAUGGGGAGGCAAGUUAGAACUCCACGCCAAAGCUCAGGAACACUCCUGGAAGGAGAUCCAGAAAUUUUUUGAGCUUCAUCUUGGCCAGUCAGGAAGUAGUAAUUUGUGAUGUCCCAAGAAGUUCAGUCCACAUCUGGUUGUUCCUUAUAGUCCUCCAAAUGUGUUCAAAUAGGCACACUCUUGCAAAUUAAGAAUAUUCUCUUUUUUUCCAGUCCUUCAGUAAGGUUGGUUGGUGUCUCUGUGAUGUAACUGCCAUUCUCAGGAUAGGGAUAACUUGAAAUUGUUUGAUCAGAAUUAUAUCUCAGGUCUGGUAUGCCAGGCCAAUAUAUAUUUCAAUAUACUGUAAUUUGAAAAAUAAAGCAACCCGCCAUUAUGAAAUACAAAGAUCACUUACCAUAUCAAAAUACAGUAUAUACGUAAGAAAGAAUCAGCUGCAGCAGCUUGUUUGCCAUCUUUUUGUUGCAUAGGUUUACUGUUUCUCUUUUCAUUGGCAUACUCAUUUCUCUAAAAAGAUGAGGUUCAACAUGAUUGGGUUGGGUCCUUUUUAAGGAGAAAG